GUUGCGAAAUACCUGGUUUUAGCAUGGUCCAGGUUCAAUGUAAGGCACUGUGAAACACAGUCAUUUGUCACACAGUCGCGGAGUGCGUGCCGCGCUUUUCUUUCUUUACCAAACCCGCCACUCUUCGCCGCCGCCUGUGAAGAAAUGGCCUCUGAUGGAUUCCGGCCACUGGACGAGAAAUCGGUGGUGGAGUACAUAAAAGCGACAUCGUCACUGGCUUCAAUACUGCUAGGAGACCAACCUAAUCAGGUCGACAAAUUGGAAAUCAGAGAAGUCGGCGAUGGAAAUCUCAACUUUGUCUUUGUGAUCAUCGGUCCCUCUGGUUCCCUUGUCAUCAAGCAGGCCAUUCCCUAUGUAAGAUGUAUCGGCGAGUCCUGGCCAAUGGCAAAGGAACGUGCUUAUUUCGAGGCGACAACCUUAAAAGAGCACGGGCGCUUAUGCCCUGAGCAUACUCCUGAAGUUUACCAUUUUGACCAGACAAUGUGUUUGAUUGGCAUGCGCUACAUUGAACCUCCUCAUAUAAUCUUAAGGAAAGGGCUGAUUGCAGGGAUUGAGUAUCCAUUGCUUGCUGAGCAUAUGUCAGACUAUAUGUCUAAGACUCUUUUCUUCACUUCCCUGCUUUAUCUUACUACCACGGACCACAAGCGUGCAGUUGCAAAGUUUUGUGGAAAUGUGGAAAUGUGUAGACUCACAGAGCAGGUCAUCUUCUCCGAUCCAUACAAAGUGUCCCAGUAUAAUCGGUGGACAACUCCUUAUCUUGAUGCUGAUGCAGAAGCAAUUAGGAAUGAUAAUGUUUUGAAGCUUGAAAUUGCAGAGCUCAAGUCAAAGUUUUGUGAAAGAGCUCAAGCUCUUAUACACAGCGAUCUCCAUACAGGUUCUGUCAUGGUUACUCCUGAGUCAACUCAAGUUAUAGAUCCUGAAUUUGCAUUUUAUGCCCCAAUGGGAUUUGAUAUUGGGGCAUUUAUUGGAAACUUAAUUCUAGCUUACUACGCUCAAGAUGGACAUGCAGAUGAGGGUACUGACCGCCAGUCAUAUAAAGCAUGGAUUUUGAAGACAAUAGCAGAUACAUGGAACCUCUUCCACAAAAAGUUUACUGCCCUAUGGGAAGAUCAUAAGGAUGGGUCCGGCGAGGCUUAUCUUCCUGAAGUAUAUAAUAAUUCAGAAGUUCAGAAUCUGGUAAGAGAGAAGUAUAUGAGAGAUCUAUUCCGUGACACCCUUGGGUUUGGUGCUGCCAAGAUGAUAAGGCGAAUUGUUGGCGUGGCUCAUGUUGAGGAUUUGGAAUCAAUUCGGGAUGUUGGGAAACGAGCUGAAUGUGAGCGCCGAGCUCUGAACUGUGCAAAGUUGCUUCUGAAAGGACGGCAAGACUUCCACAACAUUGAAGGAGUGAUUUCUACUAUUCAGCAGAAUCACUCUCAAUGAAUAAAUAUAUAAAAGCUGCUGGCAUGUAACACGUGUGACUUCUUUCUGCAAAUUUAGUUGACUUUGGAGUCAAAUUUCCCUUUCUCUUCUAAUCACAAAAUAACAGAAGCAAUUGUUUACGACUUUGCUGGAACAUGGAUCUGUUGUAUACGAUCGUACCUCUCUAAGAGAUUGUUUGCCGCGAUUGACCAAGCUUUGUUUUGAACAUUUGGAACUUCCAUAAAUACUGUAACAGACGCAUCAUUGAACAUAUUGUACUAAAUUGUGUACCAUUAUUAUCAAGAUAUUCUUAUAUAGCUUUGCCUGGACAAAUGAACAGGUUUACCAGCU